AUGAGUUCUUUGUCUCAAAAACAAUACCACAGAUUGGGUUGGGAUGACAGGGAGGGCACCGACACUCACAAGAGAUUGAGAGGUCUUGUCAUUGAAAUCGGUUGUGGAAAUGGAUAUCAGAAAUGUAUGCUUCUGAGAAUAUCCCUUAAGAGUUUUACCUUUAGGCCAGUUGGUAAUGGAGGAUUAGAACUUUUGGAGCGAUCAGUGGAUAACUCAUCGGUUUCUGAGACACACUUCUCGUCCCUAUUGUCAGACCUGUCCUCCAAUUCCUAUGCCUUACCCAUAGUGGAGAACUUCCUAAACCUGUACCCAAACACUGGUCUCACAAAUAAGAGUCGUGUGAAUGGAUUGACGGAAAUCCAGCAAAAUAUAGAUUGGAUUCAACACAACGCCGACACUAUUGGCCAGUGGUUGAGAUACAACCAUGAUUAA